GGAAACUACAAAAAAUCCUACUUUAUCAGAAAGGGAAACUACAAAAAAUCCUACUUUAUCAGAAAGGGAAACUACUAAAAAUCCUAUUUCCUCUCAUAUAAAUAACCCACCCAUUAAUAGAUAUCCUGCAGAAAGUUACAAAAAUCCUUUACCAAAUAGUUUAAGACCUUUUCCCUCAAAUGAUAAUAACAGAGGUAGACAACCGAGAAUUUAUGAUGAGGCUGAUAAUUUGUUAAUACCAGGCCCACCCGCAUCAUCUAUGAAUCUCAUGAAUAGAAGUCAUAAUGUUAAUAAUCCAUCAAAUAGAUUUAAUAAUUAUGAUGAUCAGAGAAAAUUUGGCCCUCCACCUGUUCCAUCUGUUCCAAAAAAUCAUGACCCGAGAAUGUAUAAUGAUAGAACCCCAAACAAUUAUGAUCCACGAUUUUAUAAUGAUAGAACCCCAAACAAUUAUGAUCCACGAUUUUAUAAUGAUAGACCUCCAAGUAAUUAUGAUCUAAGAAUGCAUAAUGAUAGAUAUAAUGAUAGAUAUAAUAAUAGAAAUAAUGAUAGGUACAACGAUAGGUAUAAUGAUAGGAUAAAAAACGAUAGGCUUCCACCCUUUCCACCACAACUACCAAGGGUAUUUCCACCUGAUGUUGCUAAAUUGACCUCUAAAAAGUCACAGCAACUAUUACGUAUAAAUCCUUCCGAAUAUUAUUCUAGUGCUAAUAGGGCAAGAAGUGUUAGCCCUAAUCCGUCAUUUCGUGAUCGGGGCAGUAAACAAUCCAAUCAAAAAUUAAAACCUG